AUGUCCAAACGGAAGGCCAAGGCAUUGAGGCAGUCCGACAGGCUGUCCGCGCCAAGAAGCAGCCCACCAUCAACCAAUGCGGCGAACGCUAUCGCGCGACCAACUACGCCUUCGAGCGCUGUGACCAUACCCGGCAAACUGAAGCAGCACAAGAGUCGACAUCAUGCAGACACACAGCGAAGCCACCACUCGUCAAGUAGUCGCGGCCCGCGAGACACGGGUCAUUCGCCUGACGCUAUACCCCCUUCUGUAGCUGCGCUGCUCGCUAUCACCAACAUCCCACAUCCCAAUCGCCGGGGAAACCUACGGCACAAGAAAUCGAAGGAGGCGCGGAUGACGGUGGAUUCCAUUGUACCCCGAUCGAGAGUUUCAGAGAAGGAACUGAGCCGGGAGUUUCGUCUGAAGCUGACCGAAGACCUGGGCUUGACGUCCUUCGAACGCAGUCCAAUGGACGUUCUGCUUAGCCCUCCGGAGGAGCUCGAGGAGGAGGAGGCAUCAUUCAUCAGUGACAGUGGUUUCACAUCUCCCUUUUCGACCCGCGUCGCAUCUUUCGACAGCCUUCCGUCGUUAGGCGACUCCCUAGGAACCAGCGCACUCCCCUCUGUGGACUCUCCAGUAACCCCCAGAGGCAGGAGAUCUCGGCCACCGAGGCGUUCGUUGGAGCCAUUGAUGACACCACCGGGUGAACAACCAGGAGAUCCGCUCUCCAAGAGAGACUCGCUUGAUGUUGAUCGAUUGGAUUUUCGGGCCUUCAGCCCAAAACCUACCAUGGUGGAGGGCAAGCAGACCCCUGGGCUGGCGCCGCUGAAGUCUGCUUUCAAGUCUAAUCUGACAGCCUCGCUUCGGGCAUUGCGUUCUGCAGCGCGAUCACUGUCGACGUUCACUGCUUCCUCGAUACCUCCAGAUGACUUCCUUACGAGGUCAAUUCUCACCAUAGACCCGAGUGUCCCCUUCACCGAUGAAAGGCGGCCCCCUGUUCUAGAGGAAGAGCCCAGCGAAGCCAUGCGCCGCUACUUGAACCCGACCACCAGUCUCCGCUCUGAUUCGCGGACUUCAUCGCCAGUCCGCAGCUACACGGCUUCUAUCCAGAUGCAAACCUACAAAGUGCAGCGAUCGAAAGGUGGUUCCAGAGCAACUCGCCAGGCUGCGCAAUCUACCAGCCCAAACAAGAGCCCUACUGUGGUCGUGUUCCCGCCAGGUCCCCGGCAGCGAGAGAUGCGGGAGAACUCAGACUUCAUUCGCAUUGCCGUCAUGGAACAUCUCAUGCGCAAGAGUGGGAAACUGGAUGCUCAACAAGAGGGUCACGCGCGCUGGCUUCUACCACCGAGGAAAGGCAUCCCAAAGGCUUACGAAAUUGGACCCGGCGGCGUCCCAGUCCGAACGGCGGCCUAUGUCAGCUUCUUCGAGUUUGUGCCGGAGCCCCGAGCUGGCAAGACGCUGUUCGUGUCCUCGGCGUCCGGGGGCGUCGGGCAGAUCGUCGGGCGGAUCGCCAAGAUGCAGGGCAUGAAGGUCGUCGGUAGUGCGGGUGGCGACGAGAAGGUCGACUACGUCGUCAAGGAGCUGGGCUUUGACGAGGCGUGGAACUAUAAGAAGGAGAAAACCAGCGAUUCGCUGAAGCGACUUGCCCCUGGGGGCCUCGACGUGUAUUAUGAUAACGUCGGGGGCGAACAGCUGGAAUCGGCGCUGCUGGCCUUGAACGAUUAUGGCACAGUUGUCGUGAGCGGCAUGGUUUCGCAGUACAACAAACCGCUUGAGGACAACUACGGCGUCAAGACGCUGAUGCAGAUCGUCUUCAAGCGUCUCAGGGUGUUCGGAUUCAUUUGCUCCGAUCGGCACCUGAUGGAAAAGCACGCGGCAUCGUUUGGGGCGGACAUGUUUCGAUGGCUUGUCGAGGGAAAGAUCAAGACGAAGGAAGAGGUCUUGGUGGGGAUGGAUAGGGCGCCGGAAGCGCUGAUCAGAACGUUCCAGGGGGAUAAGUUCGGGAAGAUGGUACUGAAGGUUGAUGAGGGCGAUGCAUGA